UGACAUAUAGGAAACUUGGUAACAUCAUAUGCGUAUAUAUAAGCCAAAAAAGCGUAGAGGUCUUUUAUUGUUCAUUCGGAGGCAAUGAUUUUAACUAUUCUCUAUAAACCGACUACUGUGGCGCCUAAAGAAUACAAAUCAAUCAAGCAAAGUUCAGUCAAAGCAUAAUUAGAUAGUUUGUUUUUGCAACAGAAUAAAGCUCCCGCUCGCGCACGACACCCACCAUCCACUUACGGCAGCCCUUCCACUGUAAUUUAGGACUCUGAGACCCGCCCCUAUUACUGCCCAUACACACAUUGUGAUAGUUAAAUCAGUGCGCUCUAAAUACUAGGUCUGAAUGACCGUCAGCCGGCCGAAGGCGAAAGUGACCGAUAAACAUCUUGAAAUCCCAAUGAUCAAAGUAUUUUCACUUUGUAUAUUACAAUUUGACAUGAAAACUUAUCAAUUAUACGAUCUCUCAUAUGAAUCGGGCGUAAUUUCGUCUAUCGCAGGUCGAGCCCCUAUGUGUUUGGCCGUGCCACCCUGAACAAAACAAGGCGUUUAAAUAAUAAUUGUACCAAAUAGGGUUGAAGCGACACAAACGAGAUGGUCCUUUUAAUGACCAUUGACUAUUUGUGGUUAUCUUAAAAUUUGAUCAUGAUCAGAAUGUAAAAAGUGAGAGUUUAAUUUCAUAAGUCACACCGCCCCUUAUAAUCUGGGGUAUAAAAUGCAAUGACCACUGGUCAAAAGUCAAACUCGCUUCACUUACUCUAAUAGUCACUGUGCCAUUAUAAAAAUAAUUUGUUAUUUACUUUUGGACAUGUUUUUUGGAGAAAAAAUGAAGACAUUAAAUUGAACGUGCAUAUAAAUGGUCACUGAAAUUUAGAAGCAUUGAAUAAUUUAACUCGCAUUUUUUUAAAGAAGUGAUUUUCUGGAUUUAAACACAAACACUACAAAAACUGACAAUGGAAGAAAAAAGAACUUUAUCUUUUUCUAUAGACAGUAUUUUGUCGUCAGAAAACAGACGGCCGACAAUUCCGAAGUUUUCUCCAUAUAUGGACGACAGAUACACGAGUCCACAACCGGGGUAUGGGACAGAAGCUCUAGACGGCAGAAUCAGACAGUCAUUAGGCAGCGAAUCGGCAGACGAUGAAAAUAUUGCUGGUGACGAAAGCGGGGACGAGAUGUCUUCUCCUUCAUCAUAUGAAUCAACCCAACAUUCACCAUCAAAAUCUCUCACAGACUCUGAUUCUUUAAAAUGCAAAUCAAAAAAGAAAACCAGGACAGUAUUUUCUAGACAACAAGUGUUUUAUCUGGAAGCAGCAUUUGACGCCAAAAGAUAUUUAUCUAGCGCCGAACGUUCUGAAAUAGCAACUUCACUAAACUUAACAGAGACACAAGUGAAAGUUUGGUUUCAAAACCGUAGAAAUAAAUGGAAGGCUCAGUUGAACGGAGAUGGCAAAACUUCUCCGACACAAGAAACGCCGCCAAUUUUUCUGUCGCCAUUUUUGUGCAACAGUGUCGCUGCAGCCGCACAUGCGCAAAGAGGGCAAGCUGGGGUACCGCCAGUUCCGUUCUUCCGACAACCAGUGUUCUAUUAAAACUACAAUUUACAACUAAAUUGUAAUAAAAACUAUGAAAUAAUGUCUUGCCCAUGAACUUACUAUAAGGCUAUACAAUUUUUGCUAUUUUUGUCUUGUUUUGGUGAAUAUUUUAUGCUUGUUACUCGU